GUAGGGUCAUUGACCGUGAAUCGACGUUGGUCACUUACAUUUUGUGUGGAUCUUGGGGGCAUUAGGAGACUUUUGGGUGUUUAUGUUGGGCACUGGAGUAAUUUCGUUGGGAGCCAUACUAGCAUGCCUUUCAUCUAGUGUCUCACAAUGACUCAAACUUUUCUUUGGACCUUGUCAAUCGAAAGAAACACAGUCCUGCGACAAGCAAAAAUGAGUCACAAAAACUCCGUCUGGUAGUUAAAAAUUGCUGUAACCAAACAACUCGUCAAAUAUUCAUCCUGCUUUGCAUCCAACAUGGCCGACAACGCGCAAGAACCACAGGCAGACCAGCCAAAGACCAAAAAUCAAAUUAAGAAUGAAGAGAAGAAGAAGGAGAAGUUGGCCAAGCUCGCUGCAAAGCAAGCCAAGCUCGCCGCUAUAGCCACUGAAUCAACCGACAAGAAGAAGGCCAAGAAGCCAAAGGCUGAGAAGGAAGCUGCUCCUGUUGUUGAAGAAUAUGUCAAUAAGACUCCCAAGGGCGAAAAGAAAGACAUGUCUGAGGAAAUGGCCGCCAACUACAACCCCAAGAUCGUCGAGUCAGCUUGGUACGAUUGGUGGUUGAAGGAGGAAUUCUUCAAGCCUGAAUUGACUGCUGAAGGAAAGCCCAAGCCAGAAGGCCUCUUCGUCAUCCCCGCCCCUCCCCCCAAUGUGACUGGAUCUCUUCACAUUGGACACGCCUUGACUGUCGCUAUUCAAGAUGCUUUGAUCCGAUGGAACCGUAUGUUGGGCAAGACCGUUUUGUUCAACCCAGGUACUGAUCACGCUGGUAUUUCAUGCCAGGCUGUUGUUGAAAAGAAGCUGUGGAAGGAAGAGAAGAAGACUCGCCAUGAUUUUGGACGUGAAGAGUUUGUUCAAAAGGUCUGGGAAUGGAAGGAGAAGUACGGCAACCGCAUUUAUGAGCAGUUCUACCGUCUUGGUUCUUCCUAUGAUUGGGACAGAGCCGCCUUCACCAUGGAUCCUAAAUUAUCCAAGGCUGUCAUCGAAACAUUCGUCCGCCUUCACCGCGAAGGCACCAUUUACCGUGCCAACCGUCUCAUCAACUGGUGUGUCAAAUUAAACACUGCCUUGUCCAACUUGGAAGUCGACAACAAGGAACUCACUGGCCGUACUUUGUUGAGCGUCCCAGGAUAUGACGCGGAUGAAAAGUUUGAAUUCGGUGUCUUGAACGAGUUUGCUUAUGAGGUCGAAGGUACUGGUGAACGCAUUGUUGUUGCUACCACUCGUAUCGAAACCAUGCUUGGUGAUACUGCUAUUGCUGUCCACCCUGAAGAUGCCCGCUAUAAGGCUCUUCAUGGUAAAUUUGUUAUCCAUCCUUUCAACGGACGACGUAUCCCCAUUGUCUUAGAUGAUAUUGCUGUCGAUAUGUCCUUCGGUACUGGUGCCGUCAAGAUGACCCCAGCUCACGAUUUCAACGAUUAUGAAGUUGGCAAGCGCCAUAACCUCGAAUUUAUCAACAUUUUGAACGACGAUGGUACCUUCAACGAGAAUGCUGGUCCUUUCAAGGGUAUGAAGAGAUUCCACGUCAGAGUCGCCAUUGUUGAGGAACUCAAGAAGAAGGGUCUUUUCGUUGGCGUCAAGGAAAACCCAAUGGUUGUCCCCGUUUGCAACAAGUCUGGUGAUAUCAUCGAACCUCUCAUGAAGCCCCAAUGGUGGGUCGACUGCAAGGAUAUGGCCAAUGAGGCCCUUAAUGCUGUCACCGACAAUAAGCUCAAGAUCUUCCCCAAGACUUCUGAAGCUGAUUGGUUCCGUUGGCUAGGUAACAUUCAGGAUUGGUGUAUCUCUCGUCAAUUAUGGUGGGGUCAUCGCAUCCCUGCCUACUAUAUCCGCCUUGAAGAUGCCACCGGUAUCCAAGAGGGAGAUCUUUGGGUUUCUGGACACAACGAAGCUGAUGCUAAGGCUCAAGCUGAGGCUAAGUUCCCUGGCAAGUCAUUUACCUUGGAACAAGAUCCUGAUGUUUUGGAUACUUGGUUCUCAUCUGGCUUGUGGCCAUUCUCUAUCUUUGGCUGGCCCGAUAACACUGAAGACUUGAAGAACUUCUACCCUACCUCCUUGCUUGAAACUGGUUGGGAUAUUCUCUUCUUCUGGGUCGCUAGAAUGGUCAUGCUUGGUAUCAAGCUGACUGGAGAGGUUCCCUUUGCUGAGAUCUUUUGCCACGCUAUGAUUCGUGAUGCUCACGGUCGCAAGAUGUCAAAGUCUCUCGGUAACGUUAUCGAUCCCGUCGAUGUCAUUGAAGGUAUCUCCCUUCAGGGACUUCACGAUAAGCUUUACGAAGGUAACUUGGAUCCUCGUGAGAUCAAGACCGCUAUGUCUGGUCAAAAGGCAGAUUAUCCUGCCGGUAUCCCUGAAUGCGGUACUGAUGCCCUUCGCUUUGCCCUUUGCGCUUACACCUCGGGUGGUCGUGACAUCAAUUUGGAUAUCCUUCGUGUUGACGGUUACCGCAAGUUCUGUAACAAGCUUUGGAACGCUACUCGCUUUGCUAUGAUGAAGCUUGGCGACAACUUCACUCCUAGACCAGACACCAAGUUGACUGGUAACGAGUCCCUCGCUGACAAGUGGAUUUUGCAUAAACUCAACAAGGCUGCCAUUGAAACGAACAAGGCUUUGGAGGAUCGCAACUUCAUGGCUGCCACCAACAUUGUUUACAACUUUUGGAUUUAUGAACUUUGCGAUGUUUUCAUUGAAAUUAUCAAGCCCAUCUGCGAUGCUAACACUGAAGGCGAUGAAAAGGCUGCUCUCGCUAAGCGCAGCUCACAAGAUACUCUUUACACCUGCUUGGACCAUGGUUUGAGACUCCUUCAUCCUUUCAUGCCCUUCGUUACUGAAGAACUUUGGCAACGACUCAACCGACGUCAAGGUGAUGCUACUAUUUCCAUCACCAAGGCUAGAUUCCCUGUUGAGGAUCCUUCAUACAACAAUGACGAAGCUGAUAAGGAAUUCGAUUUGGUCUUUUCUAUAAUUAAGGCUGCUCGAAGUCUUAUGGUUGAAUACACCAUCACCAAGAACGCCAAGGUUUAUGUCCAAGUCAACAACCCCAACGUUGCUAAGAUUUUGAGUUACGAAACCCAAUCCAUCACCACUCUUGCCAAGGGUGUCAGUGAGGUUCAGGUCUUGCAAAGUGGCGACGAAUUGCCCGUUGGUUGUGCUUUGUACACUAUCACCGAAGAGAUCAAUGUUCACUUGUUGGUUAAGGGACAAGUUGAUAUUGAAUCCGAAGUUCAAAAGCUUCAAAAGAAGAUCGCCAACGUUGACAAAUCCAAGCAAGGUCUCAUCAAAAAGAUGAACGUUUCCGAUUAUGAGAACAAAGUUCCAGCUGAUGUUCGGGAAGCCAAUGAUACCAAGGUCAAGGCAUUAGAAGCUGAACUAGAUGCUUUGAACACCAGCAUUGCUCACUUUCUUAAAUUGAAAGAAUAGAAAAAUUUCAAUCUUUCCUUCCCCCAUCCCGCACUAUCACCAAC